AUGUUCUUCUUCCUGAUCAACCUGGCCCUCAGCGACCUGGGCUCCAUCUGCACCACUGUCCCCAAAGCCACGCACAAUUCCCUCUGGGACACCAGGAACAUCUCCUACAAAGGAUGUACUGCUCAGCUCUUUUUCUUUAUGUUCUUCAUUUCAGCAGAGUAUUUCCUCCUGACCAUCAUGUGCUACGACUGCUACGUGUCCAUCUGCAAACCCCUGCACUACGGGACCCUCCUGGGCAGCAGAGCUUGUGCCCACAUGGCAGCAGCUGCCUGGGCCAGUGCCUUUCUCUAUUCACUGCUGCACAUGGCCAAUACAUUUUCCCUGCCCCUGUGCCAUGGCAAUGCCCUGGGCCAGUUUUUCUGUGAAAUCACUCAGAUCCUCAAGCUCUCCUGCUCCAAAUACUACCUCAGGGAAAUGGGGCUUCUUGCUGCUAGUGCCUGUUUAGGACUUGGCUGUUUUGUGUUCAUUGUUUUCUCCUAUGUGCAGAUCUUCAGGACUGUGCUGAGGAUCCCCUCUGAGCAUGGACGGCACAAAGCCUUUUCCACCUGCCUCCCUCAUCUGGUUGUGGUCUCUCUGUUUCUCAGCACUGGCACAUUUGCUCACCUGAAGCCCCCCUCCAUCUCCUCCCCAUCUCUGGAUCUGGCCCUGUCAGUUCUGUACUCAGUGGUGCCUCCAGCCCUGAACCCUCUCAUCUACAGCCUGAGGAACCAGGAGCUCCAGGUUGCAGUAAGGAGAGUGAUGACUGGAUGGUUUCGGAAACAUUAAACUGCUGGCCAAUUUCUGCCAUUCUUUUUAAA